UGAUAAUAACAUUACACCGUCUCUACUCUACUAAUAGAGUUUCCCUUAUUAUAUUUUCCAUGAAAGUUCCACUAAAACAAAUUAAAAUACAUAUGCAGUAGUUGGAUUGCUACAAUAAAUAUAUUAAGAUAACAAACACACUAGUUCAAUAUAUAAUUUCAAAAAUACCAAGUCUUUAAAAAAGCAACAUUAACUCAAGUCAAAGUAGGGAAAGAGGGUGUUUCGUAAAUAUGAACAAAAGUAGUGUUGUUUUCUAGAAACUCAACUCUCUCACUUUGUCUCAACCCAACUAUAUAAAUAUAUGUAGUCACGACUCACUGCAUAUGUAUAUAUGUAAAGAGAGAGAGAGAGACUAACAAAACAAAAAUGAUUCGUGGGGUGGGGUUUUGGUUGGUCAUAGUACUAGUAGUGGUCAUAUCGUUGUGGUCGGGGGUUGAAGGGGGUAGUGGUGGUGGCAUGGAACACCGGCUGAGCUGGGGACGCAGCACUAGUAGUGGUGGCAAGUGCGAGGGAUCCAUAGCAGAGUGCAUGGCUGAGAACGAGUUUGACAUGGACUCAGAAAUCAAUCGUCGUAUAUUGGCGACCACAGAUUACAUAAGCUAUGGUGCACUGCAGAGGAACACUGUGCCUUGUUCUCGUAAAGGUGCUUCUUAUUAUAACUGUAAACAAGGAGCUGAGGCUAACCCCUACAACCGUGACUGUUCUUCCAUCACUCGUUGCCGUAGUUGAUUAUUACUAUUUCUCUCUCUCUCUGGUUCUUAUUCCUGUUUUCUUUCUCUGAUUUGUUGUAAUAUACAAUAGCUAAAUGGUUUGCAAUAAUAAAAUGUCAAUUCUCGAAUCCUAAAUAUGUAUGUGCUUGUACUUUUUUCAUUGGCAGUAUUAAUAAAUAAUUUUGACUC